GCUUGUUCUGUUCUGCCUCCCUUUUUAAGCUCAUCUCCUCCUACCAAAGAGAGGCAAACCUCUCUCUCGAGACUUAAGUUUCCUGAUAACUACAACUCCUCUCUAUCUCUUUCUCGUCACUCGUCAGCUCUCAAGAGAGAACGCAAAAGGUACCGGAGCUCGUGCAGAUUCUGGUCAUGGAGGGCCUCAUCCCGUUCAUCUACAGGGCCGUGGCGCAGUACAAGAAGGAAGGGCAGGUCUCCUUCGGCGACCUCUUCUUCGACGAGCCAUCUCCGUCGUCGCCGACCUCGUCCUACUUCCGUCUCCCCGGGGACUCCGGCCGGUACCAGCUCUUCACGCAGACGUCUUCGUCCGCCGACUCCGGUGCGGUUGGAGCGGCGCGGCGGUCUCCGGCGAACCGUCGGCGCCCUCAAUAGCACGGAUCAUGGUGAAUGGUGGGAGGACAUGCAGGAGGCAAACAAAGUUACAAACAUACUUGCUUCGGUACGUCGUAGUGUACAUGCAGAUACGAUGGUGAUUACUGAGCAACUGCAAAUACGAGCUGCAGAAUUGCAGUUAAUGCGUUGCGUAUGGUAUUUCCUUGUGUAUUUUAUUUCAGCUUGUAAUGGUCUGUGACUGUCAACUGUGAAUAUGGGGUGCAUAAGCACGGGCCCUCCGAAGGAGGCUUGUGGAAGUGUAAUAUUGGCA